AUGUGGCUGUACCUGGUGGCCCUGGUGGCUCUGUACCACCUUGUGCGCUGGUACCGGGAAAGGCAGGUGGUGAGCCAGCUGCAGGACAAGUACGUCUUCAUCACGGGCUGUGAUUCGGGCUUCAGGAAACUGCUGGCCAAGCAGCUGGACCAGCGGGGCUUGAGGGUGCUGGCUGCGUGUCACAGAGAGAAGGGGGCCGAAUUGUUGAGGGCGCAGACUUCAAACAGGCUGGACACAGUGAUCCUGGAUGUCACCAACUCAGAGAGCAUCGCUGUGGCCACACAGUGGGUGAAGGAGCGCACGGGAGACACAGGUCUGUGGGGUCUGGUGAACAAUGCUGGCAUUACAGGGCUCAUGGCCCCCAACGAGUGGUUGACGAAAAAGGACUUCAUGAAGACACUGGAAGUGAAUCUUUUGGGGGUGAUCGAGGUGACUCUGAGCUUGCUGUCCCUGCUGAGGAAGGCCAGAGGUCGAGUGGUCAACGUCUCCAGUGUUGCUGGUCGUAUUUCUUUAGUUGGUGGUGGCUACAGCAUCUCCAAGUUUGGUCUUGAGGCCUUCUCUGACUCCCUCAGGAGGGAGCUCUCCUUCUUUGGGGUAAAGGUGGCUGUGAUUAAGCCUGGUAAUUUCAAGACUAAAAUGAACAAUUUUGGGUAUAUUUCUCAGAAGUUUUGGGAUGCAUGGGAUCAGGCCAGUCCAGAAGUCAAGGACAUCUAUGGGGAAAACUCUCUGAUGGCCUAUGAGUGCACUGGACUAGACCAGACAAAAGGAAACAAUGAUCUGUCCCUUGUGACUGACUGCUUGGAGCAUGCCCUGGUCUCCUGUCACCCUCGCACCCAAUAUUCAGCUGGCUGGGAUGCCAAAUUCACCUUCAUCCCCCUGAGCUACAUGCCCACGUUUCUGGUGGAUGCCUUACUCAAAAGGAGAAUGUUGAGGCCUGUCAAGACCCUGUGA